UGUCGUAGAAUAAAUGUCAUCAUCGUUGUUUCUAUUGGUUUGGCUUUCCCACAAACAGUACCCGAGUGAGUGUGGGUAGCAGGUGGUUUUGUAAAAUUUUGAUUUUUGGGCAGUUCUUCCUCUUGGUGCUUACAAAUAGUGAUCAAAUUUGUUUGGAGAAGUUUGUGAUGUUACACAGUUUGAAUUGUGCGUAGUGCAAAUCGAUAAGAUUGACUGUUUUUGCAAUAUGGAGUUUUGUUGAUUUCUCGGAAAUGUGAUUUUGUGAAAUCGACUUGUUUAUUGGAAGAGUACCGUCUUGACAUUCUAAUGGUUUUCAAACUAUAAACAUGAAAAAUGUGUGGCUAGUUCUUCUUUUACUCAUCUAUUUCAAACCCUCAACAAGCCUCAAAUGCAACCGCGACGACAAAAAGUGUCUCUGCCUCCCGGGGGCUGAAUUCGAAUUUCAGUGCCCCUCUAGUUUUGAAAAUGGGGAUACUGGGGAUUAUCCCGACUACGUUAUUCAUAUAAAAGAGGACAAGGAUAUUUUGAUAGACUGUUCUCCAAAUUUGAAGCAAUUUAAUAUCACUUCGCUUCCUAAUGUUACCAUUGAAAGGACUGAAAGCUUUCGAAUGAGGUUUUGUCCGUUACCUCCCCGAAACUUCAAAGAGGUUUUGGACUGGUUUGGGAUUAAACAAGUCAAAUAUUUGCAAUACUCACAUUACGAAUUGGCUAAUACGACACUGACUAAAGACUAUUUUGAGGGUCUGGAAGAUCUGGAAAAAUUAUCAUUGGAGAAUAAUGGACUAGUCGAUGUGGAAGAGGACGUUUUUGCAAAUACUCCAAAGUUGACAUCACUCGACUUACAAGUCAAUAAAAUCAAACUUGGGGCGAAUUUAUUCAACAACACACCACUGUUGAAAUCGUUGGAUAUUUCCCAAAACAACUUGGACUACCUUCCGCCAGAUUUAUUUAAAAAAUUGGAAGACUUGGAGUUGUUACAUGUUUGGGAUAAUAAAAUUCGGUUCAUCGAUGAUUCAACUUUCCAAGGUUUGACGAACGUAAAAUCGAUCGAAUUGAGUGGAAAUCUGAUUGAAACGAUCACAGAGAAUGCUUUCAAAAAUUUAAGCAACCUGGAACGUGUUAAUUUAUCGAUGAAUAAACUGCAAUAUGUACCGGGCGAUCUCUUUAGGCACAAUCAAAAACUAAAAUUAGUUUUACUGAAAAUGAAUGAAGGGUUAUACCUUCCGGGUUACUUAUUUUCGAAUAUGUCUCAGCUUGAGGAAGUUGACUUGACUGAUUGUAAACUGAAAGGAAUUUCAUCCGAUAUUUUCAAACAUUCCCUAAACUUGAAACGAAUCAAACUGGCCCACAACACGCUGGACUUUAUACCGCAAACUCUUUUCGAAGGCCUGACAAAUCUGGAAGAGAUUUAUUUGAACAACAACAACAUUGAGACAAUUGACCAAAUUUUCAAGACACUUAGACAACUCAAAAUCCUGACGCUUGAAGGAAACCGGAUCAGGGACGUUGGAAAAGCCGCAUUUGACGACUUGAUACGUUUGGAGAAGAUUAUUUUGCGCCACAAUCAAAUUACAAAGAUCGACAACAGAGCAUUUUACAACAAUGGUAAUUUGAAAACGAUCGAUUUGGCCCAUAACCAGAUUACGGGCAACUACAGUUCAAAACUAGUCCUUUUGGAAAACGUCCACGACGCUGAAACUAUUGACUUAAGUCACAACUUAAUAACGCGAGUCGAUGACAUUGUCACGAUGUACAACAAAAACAAGUUAAAGUCUCUGGAUUUGAGUUACAACCGCAUCGAAGUCAUAGGCUUACAAGAGCUGCAACCGUUCACUAAAAAAGUUAUCAUCAAGCUGGACCAUAACCACAUCAAGACGGUUGAUUUUAGUUACGUUGAAGUUGUUGCCACAAGUGGAGACGCCAAAGACGCUUUAUCUGAUCCCGAUCCGUGGCAUUCAGUCAUCGACUUGAAUGAGAAUCCUUUGAAUUGUGACUGCCACAAUUUUGAUUUAGUGAGAUAUGUCACAAACGAGCUAAGGCCGGAAAUUAAAGUAAUGUUUGACUUGAAAAUGGACAACUUAAAAUGUGCAAACCCACCCCCACUUGAGGACUUUCCGGUUGAGUCAUUGGUACCGAAAUUGCUCAUUUGUCCAGUUGAGGAUGGGUGUCCCGAGAGGUGUUUGUGUAGUCAAAGACCCUUUGACCGAACGAUUAUAAUAAAUUGUGCGGAUAAAAAUCUGACACAGUAUCCUCAACUCAAUUUGAGUGAUUUUACAAACAUUGAUUUUGUUCAAACUGAAGUGCAUCUUGAGGGUAAUUCUUUAAAUACUGGGCCUGGUAAAAAUUUGACUGGUUAUGGUAAUGUAACGGAGCUUAGUCUCUCGUCCAAUAAGAUUGAAACGAUUUCCUGGGUGCCUCCAAACAUUAAGGUUUUGAAAUUGGACAAUAACAAGAUCAGUUAUUUAAACUGGGAGGUUUUGCACACGUUGAAUGAGUCAAAUUUACACAGUCUUACCUUGCAUAAUAACCCGUGGACUUGCGACUGCCAGGCGGCAAAUUUGACUAAUUUUCUCCGCCAAAACCCAAAAAUUUUGGACGCAAAACAUGUUUAUUGUUUCAACAGCACGAACCGUUUGAUUGAGUUGAACCGGACCGACCUUUGUCACGAAUGGCAAGUCGUUUAUCUCGUCCUUAUAGUCCUGUCAGUGCUCUUCUUCGUCGCCCUUGCCUUUGCCCUCUAUUACCGCUACCAGCAGGAGCUAAAAGUCUGGCUCUUUGCGCACAACUUGUGCCUGUGGUGGGUCACAGAAGAGGAGCUCGACAAGGACAAAAUCUACGACGCCUUCAUCAGCUACUCGCACAAGGACGAAGACUUCGUCACGCAAAACCUCCUCCCGGUCCUUGAAGGCGGCCCCCAACCCUACAAACUCUGUCUCCACUACCGCAAUUGGAUCCCAGGCGAAUUUAUCACGACUCAAGUCACAAACUCGGUUCUCGAAUCGCGCCGAACGCUUGUGGUGCUUUCGCCCAACUUCCUGGAAAGUGUUUGGGGGAAAAUGGAGUUCCGGACCGCUCACACGCAAGCCAUGACCGAAGGACGGGCUCGUGUUAUCAUUGUCUUGUACGGAGACGUCGAUGUGGAUAGUUUGGACGACGAACUCAAAACGUACUUGAAAACAAACACUUAUGUGAAGUGGGGCGAUCCCUACUUCUGGAACAAGUUGAAAUAUGCUUUGCCGCACACUAAACGAAACGUCGCAAAUCAGCAAAAAAUGGCAAAUGUUAUGAACUGUAUCGACGAUAAGUUUAAGUUAGUUGUGCCCGUUACGAAUAGUCCAGGUAGUACUCCGCCAGUUCUGGCACUUGAUGCAAAUAUGUUGAAACAUCCACUCAACUUCGUGCCUAGUCAAGAAAUGGAUACUCCUCCUGCCGAAGCUGGGACUUUGCUGGUUUCGACUGGUCUCAUCAUGCAGUGUGAGUUGUUGUUAUUAAUCGUGUUUGGUUUUGGAUCCUGCUUGAUGCAGUGGAACUGUUUAAAUUUCACCGGGCCUCCGUUUGAAAUCCAAUGUCCUGGUAAUUUCUCGUUUGAGAGAGACGAAGGAUUUGUUAUCAAAGCGGAAAGAAAAAAUUAUGAAAGAAUAAGAAUUGAUUGUUACAAAAUGGGGACGUUUCGUUAUGACUUGCUGCCGUAUGUUGCUAUAGACGGAAUAAAAGGCAUCUAUUUAAAUUCGUGCCCUGUGCCGAAAAAUUUCGAGUCAAUUGCGAGACAUUUUUCGAUGAAAGAAACCAAAAAGUUUGAGUUUCAUAGCGUGGUAAAUGUUAGUUUGACCAAAGCACAUUUUGAAGGUUUUCAAAGUCUGACAAGUCUAUCAUUGCGAAGACUAACAUUUACAAGUAUUGAUGACAACUUGCUUGACAAUACACCACAUCUGGAAUAUCUCGAAAUCGAAAAUAAUAAACAUCUCAAACUUGGCGAAAUUUUCUUUAAAAAUACUCCAGGACUGCAAAGAUUGUACAUGUCAUGGAACCAAAUAGGGAAUCUACCAACACAUUUGUUCAAAAACUUGAAGAAGCUAAAGACCUUACACCUAAUGUCAAACAAUUUGACUGAACUUAAUAAAGACACAUUCAACGGGUUAAUAAGUCUGGAAUCACUUGAACUGACCAAUAAUCUUAUUGAAACAAUCACCGAAAACGCAUUCGAGGGCCUAACCCACCUCAAUGGUCUGAAUCUCCAACAAAACUAUUUAACUAAAAUUCCAUCGAAUCUCUUCCGAAACAACAAAAAUCUGAAAACUGUUUUACUGGCAUUCAAUCCGAAUAUCACAAUUCCUGAUUACUUGUUUGCCAAUUUAACGUCGUUAGAAAUGGUGGAUUUAAGUUUUUGCAACUUGACUUUCUUACCGGAACACUUAUUUGUAAAUGCAAGCAAUUUGAGAUUCCUGAAGUUGAAUAGAAAUCAGUUCACUCACUUGGACCAGAGGGUCUUUAAAGAACUUGAUUUGGAGGAGUUGGAACUUGAAAAUAAUAACAUAAGUGUGAUUGAGAAGGGUUUGUUGCAAGGGCAGCGAUUAAAGAAGAUCAGUCUUGGGAGAAAUCGUAUCAAGACAAUUCAGUUUGGAGCUUUCAGUGAUAAGAGCAAUUUAAGGAAAAUUGUAUUGUCACACAAUCAGCUUAGCAGAGUGAAUAUAUUUGCCGGCACUCAAAACUUGAAAUGUUUGAAAAGUGUUGAUUUAAGUUUUAAUAACAUCACUAAAAUCAUUGAAAUAAAUUUACCCACACUUCCUAAUAUCACGAAAUUAAAUUUGAGUAACAAUUUUAUGAAAGAAAUAGCGAUGACUGAUUUACAGGCCAUUAACACAAACUUGGAAGUUGACUUGCGUUACAACAAUAUCACCAAAAUUGAUUUUGACAAAGUGGGCGAAAUAAGCGGUGGUGCUAAAACAACCGUUUUGUUCGCAAACAACCCCAUUAUGUGUGACUGCAAUAUUUACGGCCUUUUGGAAUUUUUGACUGGAAGAUACAAAAAUCAAUCGAAAAUGUUCAAUAUUUCUACCAAAAAUUUGUCGUGUUCUGGUCCACCAGAACUAAAAAAUAUGCUAGUUGAGACGUUAUCACUGUCGAAUUUGACAUGUCUUCGGGAAAAUGUUUCCGAAAAAUGUUCCUACAGCUGGAGACCAUACGACCGGACUGUUGUUUUGAAUUGUUCUUUUAAUAAUUUAACAACCUAUCCGGAAAUUGACUUGAGUAGGAUGGCUUCGUUUGAUUUCAAUCAGACGGAAAUGCACCUUGAAGGAAACCAUCUUAUUGUGGGACCUGAUAGGUUAACAAAUUAUAGCAAUGUGACUCGGCUUUAUCUUUCACAUAACAAAAUUAGGACAAUUUUUUGGUUACCACCAAAGCUUGAGGUGUUGCAGUUGCAUAAUAAUCAGUUAGAUAACUUGGGUUUUGAAAUCAUUAAUUUACUGGAAUCUUUAAAUUUGGUAAACUUGACUCUUGAUCAUAAUCCUUGGAAUUGUGACUGUGAAACAGUAAAGUUGAUAGAUUUUUUUCGAAAUAACACAAGAAUUUUGGACGUAAGAGACAUUUAUUGCUCCAUCAGCAGCCACCGUGUGAUUGAGUUGAACCGGACCGACGUUUGUCACGAAUGGCAAGUCGUUUAUCCCGUCCUUAUAGUCCUGGCAGUGCUCUUCUUCGUCGCCUUUGCCUUUGCCCUCUAUUACCGCUACCAGCAGGAGCUAAAAGUCUGGCUUUUUGCGCACAACUUGUGCCUGUGGUGGGUCACGGAGGAGGAGCUCGACAAGGACAAAAUCUACGACGCCUUCAUCAGCUACUCGCACAAGGACGAAGACUUCGUCACGCAAAACCUCCUCCCGGUCCUUGAAGGCGGCCCCCAACCCUACAAACUCUGUCUCCACUACCGCAAUUGGAUCCCAGGGGAAUUUAUCACGACUCAAGUCACAAACUCGGUUCUCGAGUCGCGCCGAACGCUUGUGGUGCUUUCGCCCAACUUCCUGGAAAGUGUUUGGGGGAAAAUGGAGUUCCGGACCGCUCACACGCAAGCCAUGACCGAAGGACGGGCUCGUGUUAUCAUCGUCUUGUACGGAGACGUCGAUGUGGAUAGUUUGGACGACGAACUCAAAACGUACUUGAAAACAAACACUUAUGUGAAGUGGGGCGAUCCCUAUUUUUGGAAUAAGUUGAAAUAUGCUUUGCCGCACACUAGACGAGACGUUGGGAAUAAUCAAAAAAUUGUAAAUGUUGUGAACUGGAUUGACGAUAAGUUUAAGUUAGUUGUGCCCGUUACGAAUAGUCCAGGUAGAAGUUCACCAGUUCUUGCACUUGAUUUAAAUAUUUUGAAACACCCACUCAAUUUUGUGUCUCGUCAAGAAAUGGAUACGCCACCUGCUGAGGCAGGCAUUUGGGGCUCGACUGGUUUUUAAGACUGUGAUGUGCAAUUAUUCUGAAUAAUUUUAUUGAAAUAAGUUUUCAACAAUUAUUGUUGAUCGAAUUUAAGCCUUGUUAAUAUUUUUCGAAAUGUAAAUACAAAAUUUUUCUGUAGUAGUUUUUAUUAAUAUAUUAUUCAGUUUUUUAAUGCGA